AUGACAAAAAUUAUACAUCAGAUUCUUCGAUCAUCUAUCUCAUUGACUUCAGUGUAUCAAAAAGGACCUAGCAGACGUGAUGAUUUACUCUCAAUAAUGUAUUUGCUAAUAUAUCUCAAAGAGGGAACUCUCCCUUGGACUAAAAAUUUCAAUAUUGAGACGAUAGAGGGAAAUUUUAAGAAAGUACUCGAGCUGAAGAGGAAACUUCAUUAGAAAGCUUCAGCAUAACAAAAUUAAUGUGUUUUUCGAGGACUUAUCAGAUAUAUUGAUACAUUGGAAUAUGAUGAGACUCCUGACUAUAGCUACUGCGUGAAUCAGCUAGUACGGCUAAUAAAAAGUUAGGGAUAAGUUCUCGAUUGGGUUAUGGAUUGGUCUACUCCAGGGAGUUCUACAUACUCUACCUAUUUAGAUUCUGAUAUGUCAAGAAUAUAGGUAAUGAGCUAAUUAGAUGUAACAAAUGUGUUUGAGAAGUCUUAGAAUUCUCAAAUUUCAUUACUUUCACCUUUGAUGCCAUUAGGGAGAUUUAGAAGCUUGAAAAAGAAUAGAAAUGAUAGUGCAGACGAUUUUGAAGACAAUAACGAUAAAAUUUCUUAAGCUCCGUCUCAGAUCGUAAUAGGAGUAAAUCAAGAAUAGAAUUAAUCUAAAAAAUGCCUAAGAAAGGGAUCACUUGGCUAGUACAUUGAGUAGGAAAAGUCUUAGUAGCCAUUAAAACUUUGGACUCCAUUAAAAAUCGGAAGAAUUUAAGAAGAUUUGCAUGAAGAGGAAGAUAGCGAAUCUUAUUCUUGCAGACACCUUAAAUAAGAGGCUCUGAAGAUUCCCUUUCCAAAUAACAAUAGCAAGUAAAAAGAAGUAAUUUUAAACCCAAUUGACAUUAAAGAAAGAUCGAGCUUCAUGAAUUAAGAGCGCUGCUUGGAAUUCAUCACUCUCAUGUAACAGAAUAAUUAAAUCAAGCAAAGAGUGGAGAAGAUGAGGACUUGUCAGGAAUAGAUAAAAAUACAGAAUAUUUUCCAAAAAAGAAACACAAGUCCUGAAUAAAUUAAAGAUAAAUUAGUAAACGUAAAUGGUGGAAUGUUGAGAGUUCCGUAGCCAUAGCAAAAUUUUGGUUAAUAAUACCUCAUUGAUAAUAAUAGUAGAAAGUUGCAUUCUCCUUCAAGGGCUUCACCAUAGCAACCGUUCAAGCUGAAACUGAUAUCUAAUUUUGAUGAAUGGGAGAUAUUUGACUAAGAUAUAGAUGAAUAAUUAAGCUUUAGAUAUAAUAGGCAUCUAAGCGAUCAUUUGGGUGAGUAACAAACUCAAUUUCACGAGAAUAAUUUGAAAGUAGUUCAUCGUAGAGCCUUCUCGGCAAUAGGAUGCAAGCACUGA